AUGGAUCGUUUCAUUGAGAAAAACAACAUUGAUAAGGAUCAGUGGAAUCUUAUAUUCGUGGACAGCAUUGACGACUAUUAUGAUGAGGCAUCAGAGGCACCAGUAGAGGAUGAAAGCAGCCUAAAUUCUCCAUUUGCUGGAAAGACGCCUCAAGAAUGCCAUCAACUACUCUCGAAGCUUGUCAAAGAUACAGAGUCGGAAAUCAUGACUGAAUACUUUGCCAUUAUGGAUGAGAGGUCAACAAAAGACGAUACUGUCCUACUUGUGUGCGCAGAGAGGGAUAUUGAGGAAGAAGUCGUGGCCUGGCCGACUGUCCGUGCUACCUUCGAGGUUACGGCUGUCUCGCUAAAGUCUUAUCAUUCAGGGCACCGCAGUACAGGGGAGGAUUCAGAGCGUGCUGAACGUGAACACGACAAUGUCUAUCGUGCACGGUAA